UGUGUGUUUUGUUGUUGUUGUUGUCCUCGUUAUUGCUGUUGCUGUUGCUGUUGUUGUUGUGGUUGUUUUCGUUCUUUGGUUCGGUGUGCGUAUUUCUAUCGAUGUUUUGUCUCGUUUCCGGCAAGGAGGAAACGCCAGUCCCCUCUCCUCUCCUCUCCUUUCCUUCCCUCCUCUCCUCUCCUCCGUGAGGACGCGCUGGGCAGUGCGGACACGAAGAGUUUCAACCAAACCGCGAACAAAAGGAUUUGGGAGUUUAGCUUUAUAUUUUCAUUUUUGUUUCCGCUUUCAAAGGGUUGGUAUGCGCUUCUCAUUGCUCUUCGACCUCAGCGGCAUCGCCUUUUCAACGAAGUUGAAAGUCACUUUGGUCUGAAAGAGCAACAAGCACCUGCAGGGCCCCAUCAGUGCAGAAUGGGUAACUUUUCCAGCAAGGACGGCCAUGGACCCACAGGGGCCCUUGGGGAUGGUUUCCACACUCCUCCUGCUUCUCCACAGAGUGAUGAGCCUACUCCUAUGCCCCCCGGUGUCCCCCAACUCCUUCACCCUACCUCGCCUCAACCUUCCCCCGGAGCACCAGUUUCAUCGCCACCUCCAGUCCCAGUCCUUGCAUCCAGUGGGAAGAAAGAACAGCCAAGCACCAAACCGAGCACUUCCAGUGCCGCUCCUGAAUGGAGGCCUCCUCCACCAGUCAGUUCAAAUAGCUUUACCUUUGGCCCUGGAGUUAUCCCACUGCACCCCAAGUCAGGAAGUACUGUGGGUAAAGGACAUGCCGCUUUGGGGAGGAAUGGGGGUCCGCCUACUUCCACCCCUCGACCUCUGGCCUCCCAGGGGAAGACUGUGUCCAGCAGCCCCACAACGAGCCCCUCUUCUCUGUGUAGUGCCUCACCUGUGGUGGGCAGCUCUUCUGGGCAGAACUGGGGGGAAAGGGACAGUGGUCUGAGUCAGUCUUUACUGCCGGCUCAGGAAGCUGGGGAGGAGCUGGAGAAGCUGCUGGAGGAGUGCAGGUCAACAUUGGGUAUCACUGCCAGUCAGGACGGGGCCACCUACACUGCAGAGAUACUGACGCGUCUACUGACAGAAGUGAAGAGUUUGAAGAGUACUUUACAGACGGAGCGGGGGGAAUGGCUGCAGUUUCAGGCUGACCUACAGGUGGCGGUGUCGGUGGCAGACCGCCUGAGAGCCGAGGCAGAAGAAGAGAUGACUGCGCUCCGAGCGGCGCACAAAGACGUGGAGAGGGAGCUGGCUGCUUCCCAGCAGAGACAGAAGGAGGCUAAUAUGCAACUGGUAACCCUGAGAGGGGAGUUAAAGCAGAACAGGCAGAGACUGGCUACUCUGGCCCAGGCUCCAUGUCAGGAGCCAGAAAGGCCCAAUGGAGAAGCAACCAACAGCUCCGAGAGCAAAGAAGGGACCCAAAGGGGCAGGGAGAGGGGGCUGUACAGGCUGGGGCGAGAAGGAAUGGAGAGUGGGAGUCAGAAUGAAUCGACGAACAACGUCGUGAGCGAGGAUGCCAGAGCAGACUGUAAAGGUGUGACCAAGCAUUACCUGAGAAACGUGACCAAUAAGGAUAGGAGCGGAGAGGAGGUGCGAUCCAGCGAGACGCGAAGGACGUUAACCUCAGAGAGGUCAAGAAGCCUAUCCAGGUUGCCUGCCCCCUCAGGCUCCCCCACCAUGCAGAAUGGAACUUCCCAGCCCCACACCGCCUCAACUGGUGGCCCUACAAACAAGAACUCUGGCCGAAGAAGUCUGGAUUGGCAAGACAGCCGGUCAAGCGCCGACACAGGAAAACGUGAGGAGUCUCUAAACAAGUACAACUCUACCCUCACGGAGCUGCCUCCCACCAAGUCCCAGAAUGGUUUCAACCUGCUGCUGCGUCGCCAUGGAGGCUCAAAGAGAAACUCUCUGCUCCGUUGGUGUCAGAGCCGAACACACGGCUACAAGAAUAUCGACAUCACCAACUUCAGCAGCAGCUGGGCCGACGGUCUCGCCUUCUGUGCCGUGUACCACACCUACCUCCCCUCACACAUCCCUUACACAACGCUCACUCCAGAGAACAAGAGGGACAAUCUCAGCCUGGCAUUCAAAACAGGAGAGACUGUUGGGAUUGCACAAACCCUGACGGUAGAGGAGAUGCUGAGAGCAGGAGGUCCUGAUUGGCAAAGGGUCCUGAGCUACGUGGAGAGCAUCUACCGUCACUUUGAGAUGUGACUGCUGCAGGUAUACUGACUUGUAUAGUGAUCCUGAGAGAAGGGAUCCUUAAGGACUCUCCAAAGGAAACAAUGUUAGUUGUGAUGGUUCCCUGAAUACUAUAAUAUACCUUUUCUUGGAAACUGGAUAAACUUCUGUUUAAGAUACAAUUUCCUGAUGAAGACUUCAUGUCAAAACAUAAAAGAAGUCUUGCAAAUUUCAAUUUGCGCCUGUGGAUUGAUGUCCCAUCUGCUUGUUAAAAAAAUCUCCUCUGACCAGAAGUGUUUUGUUGCCAUUGUCCUAUUAAUUCUUAUUUUUUAUAUACAUUUAAUCAGCUGCCAUUUCACUUGUAUAUCAGUAUGAAGUGAUAAUUCAGACACCGUGAAAGUAGAUAUCUUAUCAGACCAACUGAGAAGGAAGGGAACACCUUUUUUUUUUAUUGUUAUUAAUACACAUUUGACAUGUUGUAGCUUUUAAAACACUCAUCAUUCCUUAAUCACCAUAGGCUUUAAGAAUACGUGGAUCUUUUUGUAUGGCAUCCUGAUGAGGAAGGCGUAUGUAUAGGCCGAGUUGCUGUAAAUGUCUCCACACUGGUACGCCACUGGCCAAAAGUACUGUAUAACAUCAUGUCCUUUAUCGAGUCUGUAACAGUCCUUAAACUGGUCAUUGUUUUAUCUGCCAAUGUGUUGUGCCUUUUAAACUUGUCUGUGAUGCUCUGCAAAUAUUCUACUUCUUCCUGGACCUUUUUAGCGCUCUGUAAAUAUGCACUUUUGUCAACACCUUGUUGGUGUACGAAUGUAAUAAUGUACAGUUACAUAACUGCUGGAGUCGUCUACAGGCUCGCUAGGAAUCAAGUAGAAAGGCUGCAGACCAGUCAGACGAUUUGUCAAGUUCAAAUUUCUGUUUUGAAAAACAGCGUGUGUUUUCCAGCAGUAACUGAAUGGCAAUGAGCAACAUCUGAAAAGUGCCUCCAUGUUAGCAAAAGAGUGCCAAUGCUGUCUGGGUGCUCGGGGAUGUGCAUUAACGGAGUGCCAUGAAAGCAAACUCCAGCGGACACAGGCUUGUGCAUCAUCUCACGACACACCUGCAUCCUGACACUGAGAAACCGACUAACACGUUACCAAAGUACCACCAUCGUAAAACAUGUUUAUAUGUAACUAGUGUGAGAAGAAUAAUACCAAAGAAAUAAAAUGUUAAUAUGAAGCAAAUAAUACUGUGUGCGUAUUGUGUAACCCAGUGACUUCCAAAGAAAAAAAUGUGAGUAUUUUAAACACUUCAUAGAAUGAAAAGACUGAGCGUAGUAAAGUAUUCCCAUUUCAGGUUCAUUAAGGUUCUCAUUUGAGUUGGAACAGGCACAGCUUGAAAGUGCGCGCUGGCCUUGACUUUACUACCUCCUGCUGGUGAAGAAGAGUUGAUGGCUUCAUUGUGCCU